GUACCCUGCUGCUGUUCUACAUUCUUUUUUAGUCUGUGGUCGUGGAAGAUAUCCGCGACAGCAUUCUUUUUCCGACAGAUUGUAAUGAAAUAAACUGUUUUCUGAAGUGUUUUAGUUGAAAAUACAUUAAAAUGUAUUCCAGUGACGACUAUAAUGAGGGUGGAUAUGAAUCCUACGGGGAUUAUGAACCCCAUACAGGUGAUCCCCAGUAUGACUUGGAAUUUGAUAGAUCUUCAUUCUAUAAAAUGCCUGACAUGGUCAAGAAGUUCCUUGUCUACUUCCGUAACAUGAUCAAUGAGGGAGUCACAUAUGAGAUCCUGAACCUCUAUGAGAAUACAUUCCCAAAACUUACUGAACAGUAUUUUGAGAAUACUCCAUGGCCCGAUGAGAAUGAGGUUGCACCUGUUGUGGACAAUGACCAUGUAUUCAUGAUUCUGUACAAAGAACUGUACUAUCGCGAUAUUUACGCGCGUGUGCCUGGUGGCCCAAAACCUGAGCAAAGGUUCCACUCAUUUUACAACUAUUGUGACCUCUUCAACUACAUCCUGUCUGCGGAGACGCCUGUGCCCCUGGAACUGCCUGACCAGUGGCUGUGGGAGCUCAUUGAUGAGUUUGUCUAUCAAUUCCAGUCAUUUGCCCAAUACAGGUCCCGCACAUCAAAGCUGAGUCCUGCUGAGAUUGAUGCCCUCAAUACUGAGAACAAGGCGUGGAAUGUCCUCUGCAUUCUCAAUGUGUUGCACUCCCUUGUAGAUAAGUCCAACAUCAAGAGGCAACUUGAAGUAAGUAAUGUGUAUGCUGCUGGCGGCGACCCUGAUUCAGUUGCGGGAGAGUUCGGCCGUCACUCUCUGUACAAAAUGCUGGGCUACUUCUCCUUAGUAGGCCUUUUGCGCCUUCACUCUUUACUUGGAGAUUAUUACCAGGCCAUCAAGGUUCUGGAGAACAUUGAGCUCCACAAGAAGUCUCAAUACUCACACGUGCCAGCGUGUCAGAUUUCUACAUCCUACUACGUGGGAUUCGCGUACAUGAUGAUGCGUCGGUACGCCGAUGCCAUUCGCACGCUUUCUUCAGCUCUGCUGUACAUGCAGCGCACUAAGCAACUGUUCUCGUCCCGUUCAUACCAGAACGAUCAGAUCAAUAAGCAAACAGAGCAGAUGUAUCAUCUGUUGGCCAUAUGCCUGGUCCUCCACCCACAGUGCGUUGAUGAAUCCAUCCAGCAGGUACUGCGUGAAAAGAACUAUCACGAAAAGAUGUUCAAGAUGCAAUAUGGUGACCUGGGAGAAUUCGAGAGCUGCUUCACCUUUGCUUGCCCCAAAUUCCUGUCCCCUUGCCCUCCGCCCAUCGAACCCGGCUCCAACUACGGCCGUGACGCCGUCAAACACCAAACCCAGGUGUUCAUGGAUGAGGUUCGUCAGCAAAAGAUGCUGCCAACAAUUCGGUCGUACUUGAAACUGUACACGACCCUGCCCCUAGCUAAGCUGGCCGCCUUCAUGUCGGCAGCGCGCGGCGGCGACAGAGACGCGGCUCGCGAACACGCCGCCCUCGCCAUCCAUCUGCUGUGCUUCAAGCAUAAGAUGAAGAACGUUGUCUGGACUAAAGGCCCUAGUGGUCUUGAUGGAAAGUUCCAGAGCGGUUCUGAGCUGGACUUUUACAUUGAUAAUGACAUGAUUCACAUUGCUGACACCAAGGUGGCUCACCGUUUCGGCGAUUUCUUCAUUCGCAAACUGCUUAAGUUUGAAGAGCUCAACCGCAAACUUCACCACAUCAAAAUAUAAUCUGUCUCAAAUAACUUGAAUUUGUAACUGCUUAAAAUAAAGUUACAAAUAUUUCUAA